AUGGAAGAAAUAAUGCGUGUCGAAAAUAAUUUAAAAGCAAAUAAUGUUUCCUCAUUUCUGUUUGCGUCUUAUUCAUCAACAUUAAUUAUGCAAUGUGAACAACUUCUAUCGAUUGUUUUAAAUCGAACAUCGUUUUUAAAUAAUCAACAACUAACACCACCAUAUAUACGACAAUUAUUAGCGAGACAAAAUUUAACAUUACGUUUACCUAAAACUAUGCCAGAGUGUAUUCUUGAAUUAAGUCGUCUUAUGAACAGUACAAAUGAAUUUGAUAUAUCCAAUAAAAAAGCUCAACAAACCUAUGAUAUACAAGAACGUUCACGUUCAUUACUUGUAUUUGUUUUUCUUAUUGCAUUUGUUUCGCUUAUAUCAAUUAUUGGAAAUUUAUGUUUAGCCAAAGUUAUUUAUUCAAAACGUUUUCGUUUAUUACAAACGGAUAGAAUCGUUUUAUGCCUUGCAUUAAGUGAACUUUGUCUUGUUUUAAUUGAUUCACCAACAGAAAUUUAUCGAUUUCUUUCAUAUUCAUUUUCACAAACAUGGCUUUGUCGUUUUCAUACAUUUUUUGAAUCACUAUUUUCAUCGUGUAUUAUCUUCUAUCAUUUAUUAGGAGCAUUGGAUCGUUUCGUUUACAUUCAUGGUCAUGCAUUAUCAGAUGAAUCAUCAUUAAAAUGGUGUCGCCAAAUAUCAACAAAAUCAGGCUCAAUUAUAUUAUUAAUUUUACCUAUAUUAUGUAGUUUACCAAUAGCUAUUUGUAAUUUACUUCAGGCUCAUGUUUUACGUACAUCGCCAAGAAUGAAAAUCUGUAUUGUACAAUAUACACAUGGAGUUUUAAUAAGUUUUUUAAUAUUUUUCUAUAUAUUACCGUUAUUAUUUUCAUUUUUUCUGCAUGCUCAAUUAAUCUACUUUAUACGUGCAAAACAUCAGCGACUUUACUUAACAAAAGGAAAAACGUCUAAUAGAUUACUAAUGAACCGUAAUAGUACAUUAGCUUCACAAAUGAUAGUACAGAAAAAACGACAAGGACAAAAUCAAAAUGUUUGUAUGAAUAAUCCACAAGUCUUACAAUCAAAAAGAAUAAGUACAAAAUCACUAAAUAGAAAUAUUACUAUGUCUAAUAAUGAUACAAAUGCAAAUGCAGUAGGUGUUAUCAACACAUUAACAACAGCUAGUCAACGUACUGGAAAAAAUAAUAUAUCGAGUUCUUCAGCAUCAAAUCGUUCAUCAACUCGAACAAGUUUUGCAUCACCAGUAUCAUCAACUUUACAUUAUGCAAGUACUAUACGAGCAAAUACUAAUGCAAAACGUACAGUAGUUCUACUUGUUUUAUUACUUUCAUUUUAUGUUCUCUGUUGGGCUCCAUAUAAUAUUUAUACAUGGCAUCGUGCUUAUCAAUUGACAACAAAAACUCAAAAACAAACUUUAUCAAAUCAUACAUUACCAUUUGAUUUCAAUCAAACAAUUGCAUCAUUUACAUAUAAUGUUCAUGCGGAUUUACGUCGAUUUAUAUUUAUUAAUUAUUUCUUAUACCUUUUAUCUAUGAUAUCGAUGUGUUUUAGUUUUAUAUUUUAUUUUUCACUUAAUAAGCAAGCGCGUCAUGAAUUUUCACGUAUUAUCCCUUGUGUAUGUCCACGAAUAACUAUUCAUUGUACUGGAAAACAAAGACAACAAUAUCCAAAACAAGAAUAUCAAGGAGCAAGAUGUUUACAAUAUCAUACAAAAUAUGAAAAUAAUUAUCAACAGAAUAAUCAAAUAUUAUCAUUUCCACAAGAUAAUAAUCAACGAGUAAAAUCAACAAAAUAUGAUCGUUAUCCAAUCGCCAUACCACCAACGUCAAUACUUAAACAAAAUAAUGAAAAACGUAAAUAUUUUUCAGCCAUAAUUUGA